AUCCUUAAAGGGAUAAACGGUUUUUUUAAAUCCGGAGAAAUGACAGCUAUCAUGGGCCUGUCUGGAGCUGGAAAAUCAACGUUGUUGAACAUUUUGACGGGAUUCAAACAAGACAAGAGCUUAAAGGGAAAAAUAAAUUACAUCAAUAACGAACGAAAUAACAUUACUUGGAACGAACAUAAAAAGUACUCCUGUUAUAUAUCUCAAAACGAUCAUCUUCCAAAUUUAUUUACAGUGAAUGAAGCGAUGACAAUAUCAGCCAAUUUGAAAAUAGAUCAGAAUCUGAAUGGAAAAGCCAAACAGAUUUUAAUCGACGAGAUUUUAGAUACAUUGGAUUUGACGAAGGCAAAGAAUACGCGUACGAAUGAAUUGAGCGGUGGACAAAAGAAGAGACUAAGUAUCGCGUUAGAGUUAGUUACUAAUCCUUCGGUGAUGUACUUAGACGAGCCUACGACCGGUUUGGAUUCAUACUUUUCUCUUCAAUGCGUGAAAAUGCUACAAAAGCUAGCAAAAGGUAGCAGAACGAUAAUCUGCACAAUCCAUCAACCUAGCGCGCUAAUAUUCGAGAUGUUCGAUCAUCUUUAUUUGCUAGCCGAUGGACGUUGCAUGUACGAGGGAGCGCCUCAAAAUAUAGUCCAGUACUUUGCUAAUUUAGAUCUGCAUUGUCCAAAAUAUCAUAAUCCUGCGGAUUAUAUGAUAGAAAUCGUUAACAACGAAUACGGGAACUUUAGCGAUCAACUCGCCGCAGCAAUCGAAUGUAACAAAGCGAUUUGGCGAGCAAAUUCUUCGGAGAAAUCGGCAACAAUUGUCGAAGACAAGGUUACUCCAGAUUACAACGAGGAAGAAAAAAGGAUACUCUGGAUAAAGACUCCUUCCGAAUUUAAAAAAUUUUUGAUUUUACUCGAUCGUUAUUUUGUACAAUUUCACAGAAAUUGGACAAUACUUUACCUGAAGCUGUUCAUUUAUUUUCUCGUAGGUAUAUUUCUUGGACUAUUCUUCAAGGACGCCAAUGUCGAUUGUCACAAAAUCAUUAAAAAUAUCAAAUAUCUUGUCAUCGUCACUAUUUUCCUCUCUUACACAAACAUAAUGCCGGCUAUAUCGAAAAUCUCUUCGGAUCUAGCAAUACUGAAGAAGGAGCAAUUUAAUAAUUGGUAUCACCUGAGAACUUAUUAUCUCGCUUUGCUAAUAGCUAAUAUGCCUCUCCAAUUAUUUUGCACUCUUACUUUUUCUUCCAUUUCAUAUUUUCUUAGUAAUCAACCGUUCGAGUGGAACAGAUUCUUUAUGUUCUUUGGGAUCGCUAUCUUAACAAACUUCAUCGCUGAUAGUUUGGGAUUCAUUAUCGGUAUUUUGCUCAAUCCCGUGAACGGUAUCUUCACAAGUUCGGUCAUCAUAGGUAUAUUCUUAUUGUUCGAGGGUGGUAUUAUUUUAUUCAACCACAUGCCAAAGUAUCUCUAUUACUUUAGUUAUUUUAAUUACUUGAAGUAUAGUUUUGAAGGGAACUUGAAAUGGAAAUUGAUAAAUAUUGGCUGA